AUGUCUUUCAACCUGUCGCAAGCCCUGUGGCUCCUUGCGCUUGGAGUUGUUGGAGUGCUGUCAGCAGCUGCCUCACUUGACCCCGAGGCGACCAUCUACAUCACAUCCAAACAAGAUGCCCCUGCCUCCUCAAGCAGCCGCAGACUCCUGAGCUCAAGCCAGAUUGACUUUGUGCUCUCCCUCACCUUCGACCCGAUCCUCGUGGGCUCGUACACGUCCAUGAAGCUGCAGGUCACCAGCAUGGUCGACAUCCAUCAGCUCGACAACAUCGCCAUCACUCUGCCGGGUUUCUCCGUGGACAGCGACGUGCAGCCUGAUCCCACAGCGCUGGGGAGGGACAUUGGGGUGGACGGCUUCUUGGGAAGCGACGCAGCAAGGAUGAGCAACUUCAUGGAGAACGUGAAGAUCGUCUUCAACUUGCGAGAUCUCAACAACUCGCUGCAAGUUUUCAAGAAUUUCUCCUUCGUCAAGUUUGCGGGCAUUUCGCUCUCCUUCUCCCCCUGCGGGAGACUUGCUCACAGCAUUGCAGCGGGCUGCGCGACCCUCGACUUGAAAGUGACGAUCAACCAGAAGCUGCAGAGCGAUGACGUCAUCUACCUCCGUCUCUUGGACUUCUCCUCCUCCUCGGGUGACAUCAUCAACGGCUCGGUGGUCAGCAAGCGUGCUGGGGCCCCUCUAGGACGAUCGUUCUCGCCCAUCAGGCGCGCGAGUUGGAGUCAGUUGGACGGGCUGCUAAUGAUCCACGUGGACGAGACGAUAGUGAGCAAUGAGGCGAUCGAAGUGUUUGUGCCUUCCACGUUCGGCCUCAGGUUUCCCUUGCAAGGCGUGACGCCAGGCAUGUGGCAAGCAAGGCUUGGUCUCUCUGCGUCUUGGGGAAACGUCGGGCUCUUCAACUUCGAGAGUUGCUUGCAUGUCCCUCGGUCGGUCCUCGAGUUCUCCCGGCCGGUGCUGCGAGAGGACACGAGCGUCACGUUUGGCGUCACGUUGAGCUUCGACUUGUACCCGAGCGAUGACAUCAUCCUUGAGCUUCCUCUGCUGCCUCAGCCGCCGCUCAACCAAUCCGUCGACCUCACCGAGUACCUCUCCGUCUUCCAUGGCGAGCAGAAGCUCUCCUCGACCUUCUCGGCUCUCUUCUCUCCUUCCAGCUCCCUUGCUCUCCAGGUGGAGCCCAGCAGAGUCUGUCAGGACGUCAACACCAGCAGCUUCUCGAUUGUUCCCUCGGGUCUGCGGUGCUCCGGGUACGAGACGACCUGCUGCGUAACCUCCUCGUGGGUCAACGCGACUCAAGGCUCUCGGCUUACCCUGCGCUCUUCUCGCCUCCUCCCUCAGGGUUCUCCGCUUCUCUUCCUUGUCAACCGAUCCUUCCUCCUCCCUCCUGCUCCCAUCCCACCCAAGCUCGAGAGCUUCAGUAUGGACUUCUCCUCUCAGCUAUGGAGCGGACUGCGUCCUCCACCCUUCGGCCCGUCCUCGGCUGUUCCCGUCGAGGUCUUGCAGUCGGUAGGAGACGCCCCCCUCUUCCACCUGGACUUCGCUCCUCGAGUCGCCUCCUCCUCCUCCUCCCUCUUCAUCCAGGUUAAAACUUCCUCGCUCCUGCUGCCAGGCGAACGUGUCCUCCUCCUCCUCUCAGGCUUUGCAACCAACAGCACAUGCGAACUUGACGUCACGGCCAACGUUUCCAGCAGCGUCAAGUUGAGGACUGCGAGCUGGUCGUGCACAGACGAGACGCUCUUGUUGGAGUUUGCGGUGCCUGUUGCUGCUGGAAUUCAGUUGGACGUCAACGUGAGCCGGCUUGAAGAGCUUCGCAUCCCUGCCUCUGGCGUGGCGCUAAACAGCCCGGAGCUGCGCCUGAGCGUGCAAGCGAUGUGCGGGGCUGUGACAGCUCGCGUCGUUCAGUGCGUUGGCGUUGGAGUGGUGGAAAAGUCGGAAGUGACUUUCACCCCCCCGGCUCGAGCUGGGGAGGUGGCAGGAGUCCAGCUGUCACUGAGCUACCAGUCACCCCUGUCACCGCAAGACGUUGUCAUCUUCCGGCUCUUCGGCUUUUCUCUUGCCCCGCAAACCCCCGGCGACAACUUGACCUGCGUCAACUCGAGUCAGACAGUCGCCAGCGAGUCUGCGCGAGUCGGAGGAGAGGAGAGGAGCCUUGUCCUGCCCGGGUGGUACCUGACGAUGGCGCUUUCAGAGGAAGGAACCGCUCUCCUCCUCCUCCUCAGUCCCAAUUCUACCAUUCCUGCUCUCGAGCUCAUUCAGCUUCAAGUCCCUCUCUGUGCUGGGGUGCAGCUGCCGGGGGAGGGAGUGCUUGCAAGCACGAGGAUUGAGAUGAUGAUCGACUCGUCGGUGAGGUCAGUCAGCUGGAUACCCUCCUCCUUCCCGCUCAUCGGCAAGUGCGACCUGACGAUGGACAUUCUGUUCCCCUCCGCGGGUCAAGUCUCUCCCCUUGCCUUUCGCUUCUCUUGCUCCAUGCCCAUCGCACGGGGGGAAAGCCUCUCAAUCCGCCUCCCGUCCUUCUUCCUCCUCAACGUCUCCAACAGUUCUCUCCUAGACUUGACCGCAAACCUGCUCGCGGGUAACUUCAGCUGGAAUAUCUCCUGGAGUAGCCCGACCUUGAUCAUUACUGCCAACCAUCUUAUCCCUCCCUAUCAGCUCGAGUCACUUCUCCUCUCUUCAUCAGCAGGUCUUCAUCUUCCGCCUCAAGGCGUGCAGGCACGUUCUCCUCUCCUCACCUUCUCCAGCGACGCACAGGCAGGCGCCAUCGCUGAGACGGGAGGCUGGAGCCCUGGCCUCGGAGCUUUCCUUCUCUCCUACGUAGGGGUAUCACCGGCGCGGGCAGGGAGCAACGCGGAGGUGGUGAUGCUGUGGGAACUCAGUGCGGACGUGCUGGAGGGAGAGGACGUUGUGGUUGACCUGCGGGAGAUGCUCGGGGGGCAGCUGGUGGGAGAGCUGAGCGUAUCAAGCAAGACAGGAAGUGAAGCUCAAACGCUGCUGGCAGAGUUUGGGAUGGAAAAUUUGAGGAGCGAUGAGAACGUGUUCUUCGACCUGCUCUACCAGAACAACAUUUCCUUCUUGUCUUCCAUCUCCUCCUCCUCCUCCUCCUCCUCCUUUCAUGUGACAGCGGUCGAUAACAAUAUCCCUGCGGACUUCCGACAGGUUUUGAUGGAUUGUUGUUCCCCGAGGACUUUAAUCUUCAUGACAGGUAGCAAGGGCCUGGCAGCUCCUCAUCUCUUCGCUCACAUCAUCGCCUUCGGCAGCUUCGCCAUCGCGAGGAUGCUGGUGGAGAGGAAGGAAGCGGAUCCGUUUAACAUGCAGAAGCUCAAGCUUGACCUCAAGACGUGCAUGGACGUCGAGGUGAACGAACAGCUCGACCUUCUUCUCCCAGGCUUCCAGCAGCAGGGAGUCUUCAACUUGACCAACAACUACAUCUCCUUCUCUUGGGACCCUUCACAACAGAAGCUCAACGGAAUCCUCAAAGUCAAGCUCAUGUAA